AGGAGGUCCGCCUCCUCCCUCCCCUUCCCGCGCCGCCUCCGCCUCCUUGCUCUGCCUCCACCCUCACCCCUUCCCGUCGGUGCGGAGCUCGGCUCCGAGCAGCGAUCAGCCGGCCGCAGCUAGGGUUGUGGGCUCGGGACAAGUGCUCCGCGCCUCCUCCGCUCGAGAUGGACAGCCGCUACACCAGCGCCGCGGGCAUCGGGGACUUGAACCAGCUGAGUGCGGCCAUCCCCGCCACGCGCGUGGAGGUGUCAGUGUCCUGCAGGAAUCUUCUUGAUAGAGACACAUUUUCUAAGUCUGAUCCAAUUUGUGUCUUAUAUAUACAAGCAGUUGGAAAUAAAGAAUGGAGAGAGUUUGGAAGAACUGAAGUGAUUGAUAAUACUUUGAAUCCUGAUUUCGUACGAAAAUUUAUUCUGGACUAUUUCUUUGAAGAAAGAGAGAAUCUUCGCUUUGACUUAUAUGAUGUUGAUUCAAAGAGUCCCAAUUUGUCCAAACAUGACUUUCUGGGACAAGUAUUUUGUACAUUGGGGGAGAUUGUUGGUUCACAGGGAAGUCGUCUGGAAAAGCCAAUAGUAGGAAUUCCAGGCAGGAAAUGCGGCACAAUCAUACUAACAGCAGAGGAGCUAAAUUGCUGCAGGGAUGCUGUCUUGAUGCAGUUUUGUGCAAAUAAAUUGGAUAAGAAGGAUUUCUUUGGAAAGUCAGAUCCUUUCCUUGUAUUUUAUAGAAGUAAUGAGGAUGGAAGUUUUACAAUUUGUCACAAGACAGAAGUUGUCAAAAACACUCUGAAUCCUGUGUGGCAAGCCUUCAAGAUCUCAGUCAGAGCAUUGUGCAAUGGGGAUUAUGACAGAACCAUCAAAGUAGAAGUAUAUGACUGGGACCGAGAUGGGAGUCAUGAUUUCAUUGGGGAAUUCACAACAAGCUAUCGGGAACUUUCUAGAGGACAGUCACAAUUCAACGUCUAUGAGGUGGUGAAUCCCAAAAAGAAAGGAAAAAAGAAAAAAUACACCAAUUCAGGAACAGUAACCUUACUGUCUUUCUUGGUGGAAACAGAAGUCUCCUUCCUAGACUAUAUUAAAGGAGGAACUCAGAUCAACUUCACAGUGGCCAUUGACUUCACAGCAUCAAAUGGAAACCCUGCCCAGCCGACUUCUCUCCACUACAUGAACCCUUACCAACUGAACGCCUACGGCAUGGCACUGAAGGCUGUAGGAGAAAUCGUUCAAGAUUAUGACAGUGAUAAGAUGUUCCCAGCCCUUGGUUUUGGUGCAAAGCUGCCUCCAGAUGGGAGGAUAUCUCAUGAGUUUGCUUUGAAUGGCAACCCUCAGAAUCCCUACUGUGAUGGCAUUGAAGGGGUCAUGGAAGCUUAUUACAGAAGUCUGAAAUCUGUGCAGCUGUAUGGGCCAACCAACUUUGCUCCUGUAAUAAACCACGUAGCAAGGUACGCAUCUUCUGUAAAAGAUGGCUCCCAGUAUUUUGUUCUCCUGAUUGUGACGGAUGGUGUGAUCUCAGAUAUGGCUCAAACUAAAGAAUCCAUAGUUAAUGCCUCGAAGCUUCCAAUGUCAAUAAUUAUAGUAGGUGUUGGACCUGCAGAAUUUGAUGCAAUGGUUGAAUUGGAUGGAGAUGAUGUAAGAGUUUCCUCCAGAGGGAAAUACGCUGAAAGGGACAUUGUACAGUUUGUGCCAUUCAGGGAUUAUAUGGACAGAAGUGGAAACCACAUAUUGAGCAUGGCUAGAUUGGCCAAAGAUGUCUUAGCUGAGAUUCCCGAGCAGUUCCUCUCCUACAUGAGAGCCAGAGGAAUCAAGCCAUCACCAGCGCCUCCCCCAUACACCCCGCCUACACACGUGCUGCAGACUCAAAUAUGACUCGUCCAGAUGCUGAUGCUGUUCAUCACACGUCAGUCAGAACUGCUGAGCCUAUGCGUUGCACCUGGUGCUCUGCUAUGAACCAGGGAAUGAGACACUUUCUCAGUUUGGUUUCAGCAGUCCUUGGUAAUGUGCUUUCUUGGAUCCAAAAUUAAUUUUCUUCCUAAACCAAAACUGUAAAUAUGGUGGUUGCAUGAGCAACAGGAAAAUCGUUUAAAUGCUUGAAGCAAAGUAGAGAUGUCUUCUCUAAUUUUCAAAUAUUUUUGUUUUGUUAUCAACAGAAUAGUGAAUUUCCAAUGUAUGAUUGGGAAAAAGCACAAGCUACAUUUUUAACACAAAUAUUGUCCUUGACUGCUAUAUAUAUAUAUAUAUACACAUGGGACAGCAGUCUCUGUAUCAAUGUUUACAUGUUACUACUUUUUAAAUUUCAAUACUUUUAUAACUGUUCUUAAGAAUGAGUUUUGAAUAUUGAAUCCUUUGUCUUCUAAAUUGCAAUAGUUAUAAUCACAAGAGCAAUAUCUCUUUGAAUGACUGUCUGGACACGCAUGGUGUGAAUGAGGGAAAAGUAGGAGGAAGAGAAAUCUGUUUAGUAAUUAAAAUCUGUCCUCAGUUUUGGCCCAUAAUGGAGUUUAAACAUAAGCAGAUGUGACUCUGUAAGGACGUGCACAUUUCACGGACUUUGGGUUUAAAAUUAGACUGCAGUAUACCUGUGUUGUAAUGCUAAGCAGGAACAAUGGAAAGGCAAACACAGUAAACUGUAAAUGCACAGAAUAUACUUUGUAUAAAAACCACCAUCAUUAUAAUGCCAUUGAACAAGUAAAACCAAGACUGUAACUCGGAACCAUGUAGCAGGUAUUUUGAACUUGGUAUUCAGUUGUAUCCUGUCUAGAUACUUUAAUUCAAAGGGAUACUGGCUCUCUUGCUUGGGGUUUCCUGUUCUCACCAUUCCACUUUGCCACACGGGUUGCACAGGCUGGAGUCUCUUGUGAAUUCUCAGUUCAAUGUACACAGCCCUGUGACUUAGCACAUAACCCAUGUGUGAAAUAAACUCGUUUCUGUCCCCUGGUUGUGAAAGAAUCCAUCCCUGUCCCCUGGCUUGCCUGCUCACAAUCAAUUCUACAUGGUUUUCAUUGUACAGUUUUUAUACGAAUUACAGUUUUGUGAAGUUAUGUCUAAAUUUCUUUAGAACAAAUGGCCUUAAAUUCUCACAGAAUUCCUGGAAAUGAUUGUGAAUUGCCUUCAACAUACAGAAAUGUGUAUUUAUGUAUUGUUCUUUUGUGUCGACGGUGUGACCGCUUUAUGACCUCUCUGCCUCCCCCUCUUUGCUACCUGGACUGUUCCUAAUGUCGGUCCUCCUGUCACAACUUGAUGUAUAGUGACUUUUAUAAGCAUGAAACUGUUUUACUGGAAACAUGCAUAAUCCUCACAGCUAACAAAAUCACAGUUACCUAACUGUGGUGCGAAUUGUCCAUUUUUAAGUACAUAUUAAAAAAACCUUUAAAAGGAUAACUGUGUUCUGUGCAUUUUGUGGUAAUGAUGGAGCCUCAUAAUUUUCUUUGCUGAUCUUAGAGAUGUAUACCAGUCUAUUUUUAUUAGCCUACAGAUUUAUUAAAAUUUAACUCUAUUCUUCAGUCCAAAAGACAAAAGUAAAUAAGAUCAAUAUUCAUUCCCUCUUGUUAAACAUUCAGUUAUUUUCCUUGUAUUGACAAGCAAAACACUCCUGUCUAGACGAUAGUGCAUUCAUAUAGAGCAGGACUGCAUUCCGGGCAUCAAAUGGCCUCUGGGAUGCAUCAUUAUUGUGGCUGAGAAGAAUAGUUGGGAAAAUACAUAGCCUUAGGUAUCUAUGUAAGAUUGGGAAAGUCUUGUCUCCACAUUAAGAGUGAAGAUUGCAUAAAUAAUAGGAUGCAGUGACUCAUACAACGUUGGGCUCAUGCUCACAGUCUUUUUUGAGUUGCUAGUAGGUAUGGUACAGCAGGAAAUCCCAGGAACAUACUGCAUAGAUUCAAGCACAAUUCAACAGCUGCAUGGACAAAUGCGCAGCAAGGCCAUGCACACCUCAGGUAAGAAGCUUCAUGAGGGUGUGCACUGAGAGAAGAGUGACAGAACCAAGUCACCAAACUAGACCUGGAGUGAAUGCCAUGGGAAUUCCCAUGGCUCAGAGUGCCAUCCUCUUCUAAUCUUAUCCCCUCCCUCUCUGAUGAAAGCCUUUAAACACCAUUUCAUCUUUAUCUGUCAGGCUUCUGUCCCAUCAUUUACAACAUCCAGGCUUAACAAGUUAUGAGCCAACAAUAUCCACUGCUUCCACAGGAGUAUUAAAACUACACAGACCUGUGUUUCAUUUCUCUUACCCAUCCAGUUGGUAUGAGGUCUCAACCAUAGUGCUAUACUCAGUAAUUGACUUGUAUCAUGGAUAAACUACUUCCUAAAACAUCUUGUUUCCCUUUCCUUAGAGAAUAAGGCUUGAAUAGCACCUGAGUAGAGAUGAAGUUUUAAGGAUCCCAACUUUAUUGUGCAGCUUGCUAGAAUGAGAGAACACUGUAUGUCCUAAUCUCAACUUUUAACCCUCUCUUUCAGUGUGUAAUACAAAGAUAAAACGAGGUAGGUGCAGAGAGGUCAGGACCUUCAAUCUUGGUUCACAACCUAUUUGUUCUUCAUACAUAAUUGAGAAUAUUAGUUGGAUUGUGCAUUAUUCUUUAAUGUUGU